AUGGACGACACCCUGACAGCCAUUAAUAGCAGGGUCAUUCUCUUGCUGGACUUUCGCAUGGCCUAUGACACUGUGGACAUGGAAUCUCUCUACGAGGCUCUAACGAGAUUUGGCUUUUCGGAGCGAUACGUACAGCUGAUCCGUCGGCUUCAUACAGGAACCACGGCGACCUUUUUAGUCAACGGAGAAAAAUCCGACCCAUUCUCAGUGGUAUCGGGUAUUCGUCAAGGCUGCCCUCUCGCUCCUCUGCUUUUUCCAAUUGUAGUAGAGUUACUGGGCAUCGCGAUUCAACAAUCGCCCGUCUUGCGAGGACUUCCGGUACCAGGGGGCACAGGGGGUCUGCACACGUUUUCAGCGUUUGUCGAUGACUCAACGAUUUUCCUAGAUAAAGCGUGUCAGCUUGACCAGGCGCUCCAAAUAGUUUCUCACUUUGGAAGUAUAUCUGGGCUGGUCGCUCAGCCGGCCAAGAGUAAGCUGAUUUUUCUCAACAAAGGGGUGCGCGUACAGACGUUUUGUGGCAUAUCAGUCCUUCAACCUGUGGAUACAGUGCGGUACUUGGGCUAUGAAGUGAGUACUUGGGCUAUGAAGUGGGUACUGGCGACCUAUAACAUCGUAAUUGGGCGCUUCGCAUCAGGAAGCAUCAACGGCGAUUAUUCACGGCCUCCACGAUUGCUACAAGCGUAG